AUGAAUCACCUUACUCCUAUUCAAGGCCAGGAGUUUGUAAACAAUCUACGGUUCUUCGGUGUAAAUGGUUUCCAUGACCGUGACACUAGGAACGUGCAUAUAUCGAAUCAUCCCUUCUGGCAAGCACUUUGCCACGCCCCAAAGUUGACAGAAGUUCAGCUGGAUCGCCCCUAUCCACUCGAAUCAUUUCCCUACCAUCAACUCACUACACUGAUCAUAGAUGUAUUGCACAACGAUAAUGUUGAGGAAUUUUGGCGAAUACUGGAGAUUUCAACAAAUCUUCGCACUCUGACAGUAUACGAUCUCCAUAGCUACACGCCCCUCGGCAUUCUACUACGUCGUAUGGAAGUACCCUCUUUGCGUAGUUUAUCUAUCAGCCCUAAUGAUGGGAAGCGGGGUUCAUUCAAACCUGUGUACACAGACAACCCCAUUCUAGAGGCAAUACUCACUUCACUUGGAUUCCCUUCUCUUUUCUCCUUCGAACUAUCCUGUUUCCUAAUUCCAAUCAGCGACCACGCUUCGCCUUCAUCGCUCCUCACCAUGCUGCAGAACUCAUCUGGAACUUUACGACACAUGUCGCUUGCUUUCAUUCCAUACCUAAUGACAUCUAAACCCUCAUUUCUAUCUUUUUCGGCGCUAUUCGAAGCAACCCCUCAUAUCGAAUACUUCAAGUUAAAAGAUUUAGGAACAGACUUCUAUAGCAAAGAAACAUAUUCGUCAGGCAAGCUCGUCGCACCGUUCUUCUCCGACCUCGCAGAUGUGGAGUCGGAUGAUCCUCUUCUCCCGAAUCUCACCUACUUGGCUUAUUCAAAUAGUAAAGUGACUCCUGACAUUAUGAACAUGGUCAUCAACGUAGCCACCUCGAGAAGUCCCAGGCAUCUUUCUACUAUCGAAUGCAGUGGGGUUCGUCCAUUGGAGGAGGUACGUGUGGCUGCUAAUCGUGAGUCGCUGGACCGUUCGUUGGACGAUCAUACGCGUGAGGAAAUACAAAGGUUGGAGGAGGAUGGUGUUAAUGUCCGGUUCUGGCUGAGGUCUCGGGAUAAGAAGAAGUCACCUAGUAUCUAG